AUGAACCUUCUGCCCCUCUGGCUGCUCGUCCUGCAAGCGGAUGCCCUGAUCUACCCAGCCAUCAUAGCUCCCCAAGACGCAACGCUCCACAUUGGCGCUUCAUUCACGGCCAACUGUUCCGUCACGGCCACUUCAGGCCUGAAGGCCGAGGACCUUUAUUGGACCCUGAAUGGCCGGAAGCUCCCAGCUGAGACCUACAAGGUCCUGGGGGCCACCACCCUGAGCGUCACCCUCUCCCAGCUGAACGGAUCGCGGCAGCAGUCAGGGGAUAACCUGGUGUGCCACAGCAAGGAAGGCGGAAGCAUCUUGGCCGGGUCGUGUCUCUAUGUAGGACUGCCCCCCGAAAAGCCAACCAACAUCUCUUGCUGGUCCAAGAAUCUGAAAGACCUCACCUGUAGAUGGGCACCUGGAACAGAGGGCGAGACGUACCUGCAUACAAAUUACACCCUGAAAUACAAACUCAGGUGGUAUGGUCGUGACAACAUCUGCCAAGAGUAUCACACUGCUGGCCCAUAUUCCUGCCACAUUCCCAAGGAUUUGGCCCUUUUCACACCUUACGAAAUUUGGGUGGAAGCAUCCAAUCGACUUGGGAUGGCCGUCUCGGAUGUGGUGAUGCUGGACAUUGUGGACGUCGUCACAACCGAUCCGCCCUCGGAUGUCCACGUGAGCCGUGUGGGAGACCUUGAGGACCAACUCAGUGUUCGGUGGAGCGCGCCGCCUGCCCUGAAGGAUUUUCUCUUCCAAGCCAAAUAUCAGAUCCAGUACCGAGUUGAGGACAGUUCAGAGUGGAAGGUUGUCGACAAUGUGAGCAACCAGACUUCGUGCCGGCUGGCGGGCCUAAGACCCGGGACGGUGUAUUUUGUCCAAGUCCGCUGCAAUCCGGUUGGUAUCUACGGUUCAAAGAAAGCCGGCAUUUGGAGCGACUGGAGCAAUCCCACGGCAGCCUCCACGCCUCGGAAUGGGCGGACGCCGGGGGUUUGCGAACCCAAGAACGGAGAGCAUAACAACACGCUACGCCGAGAGCUCAAGCAAUUCUUUGGGUGGAUGCGCAAACACGGAACCUGUGCCAAUUUGAGCAUCAAAAUGUACGAUCAGUGGCGGGUGGCAUUGCAGAAGUCCCACAAGACCCGGAACCAGGUCCUAUCCAGCGAUAAAUUGUAGCUUUGUUGGAUAGUGGAACAAGGAGUUUCUCUUAAAAGCCAACCCGCUUGCUGGAUCUGGGCCUGCCAAGGAUACAAGCAAGGGAGCACAAGGACAGCCAUAAUCCAGGUGGCUUGUGUGGCACUGCCAAGGCUGUAUCACCACCACAAAUGCCCUUUCUGCACACCAGCAAGAAGCUGGCUGGAAGGCCCUCCGCGCCUCUUCCCCCAGACAGAGUAACUCUAAACCAGCUUCUCACCGUAUGGUGCUCUUCAGCCGAGUUGGACUUCAAGUUCUCUAAUUAUUCUAGGAGGAGUUGUUCACCCUCGUUGGAGAGCAUUUUGUGGGGAGAAGAGCUUUUCGUGCCAUUUUUUUUUUAUAGUGCCAAGAUAAAAGCUGGAGAUCAUCCAGGUUUUCCCAU